AUGAGUAAGACUCCGCCAAAUGAAGAAAAGCUUUUGGAAAAUGUUUCAUUAUACUUGUCUUCUUUAGAAGAUAAAAUAAAGAUACACCAUUUGCAAGAGAAAACUAAUCACAGAGACUGGUCAGAACUUAAUCCUGUUCUUAAAUCUAUAGAAAACAAGACAUCAAAACACACACAACAAAAUGUAUUAGUUAAAGCUUCUGUGGCAUUAAAAGCUGAAAGUGGAGUAGAAAAGUCCUCUUCGGUAAGAAAUAGCAUGAUUACAACUGAACCAAAUAAUGAAAACUGUUUGGACAAUUUUUCACCACAAUGGUCUUCCAAAGGAGAAGAAAUAAAGACACACAAUUCGCAAAAGAAAACUUAUCAGAAGUCAGAAUGCAAAUUCUUAGCUUCUGGGAUUUGCUAUAAAUGUACUGAAAAUAUAACUCCAAAGAGAAUGGGCAGAAAAUGUUCAAAAUGCAUAAGAACAUUCCAUUUUAAAUGCCAAUACAAUUUUUUUGCAAAACCAUUCAUCUGCAUUAAGUGCAUUAUUUUUUAG